AUGAUGAUGAGCGUGGAGUUGGAGACAGCAGCAGGGGAGGUCGACGCGCAGCAGACGCACGCUUACGAGGUGGUGUUCGUGCGGCACGGGCAGAGCACCUGGAACAAGGCGAACCGGUUCAUCGGGUGGACGGAUGCCGAGCUGACGGAGGAGGGAGAGAUUGAAGCGCGCGUUGCCGGGCAGCUCCUCCUCUCGCAAGAGUUCGAGUUCGACGUGAUCUACACCUCCAUGCUCAAGCGAGCCAUCAAGACGGCCUGGGUGGUCCUCGACGAGCUGAACCAGCAGCACGUGCCGGUGACGACGGACUGGCACCUCAACGAGCGCUGCUACGGCGCCCUGGUGGGCAGGGAGAAGAAGGAGUGCGUCCGGAGCUUCGGCGCGGAGCAGGUGAAGAUCUGGAGACGGUCGUGGGACAUCCCGCCGCCCCCGAUCGACAAGUCCAGCAAGCUCUGGCCCGGCAACAACCCCAGGUACAAGUUUCUCAUGCAGGACGGGGAGAGCCAGGUGCCCCUUCACGAGUCCCUCAAGGACGUCAUGAGCCGGUCUUCCGCCUACUGGGACGAGGUGAUCGCGCCGGCCAUCCGGUCGGGCAAGCGUGUGUGUGUUUGCGGCCACGAGAACAACCUUCGCUCCCUCCUCAAGUACAUCGAUGGCAUCUCGAACGCGGACAUCAUGCACGUGGAACUCCCUCGAGCGGUGCCGCUUGUGUACCACCUCGAUGAGGAUCUCCGGCCGAUGAGGUUGGCCAACUCUGCCGAACACCUCAGCGGGGGGUACGUGGGGGACCCUGAAGAGGACGGAACCCCACACCCGAAGAUUGCGGCCAUCCAAGAACGCGACCGGAAGAACGUGUACGACCUGUCGGUGUCGACCAACCUCGAGGAGGUCGGCACGCCGAGGUUUGCGGCCAAGCUCGACGAGCUGGGGCGGCCGUGGGACGUCGACGACUUCGGGGGUCCCGCGGGUGGGGGGGGGGGGGAGGGCGAUUUCACCGGCUCCUUCUUGGAGACGGGGGUUGGGGAGGAGUCUUGCGGCACCCCGGAGAUAUCGUCGAAGCCCCUCUUCCUUUACAACCGCGGGGCGGGGAAGACGAAGGGGAGGGGGGGGGGGCGAUAGGCCGCGCAGGGGGUGCUAUUGCUGUUGUAUCAGAUUUCGAUCUCAUGGUUGUGCAUGCCGCAUGCUUACCAUCACGGUCGUGAGUAAGGGGUGUGUGAUUUUUUCCGUUACGCGCACGCCGGUUUUGUAUUUAUUCUUGUAUUGUGCUGUUUCGCUUCUUUUUUUUUUUUUUGUGGUUUCUCGAGUUCGUGUAUGUAGCCACACGGUUUCCUGCUUUGCCUGUAGGUAACGACGAAAAUGUUGUUCCCUCAAGAACGUCCCUCCCGUGUCCGUUUCUGCCUCUGUAUUGGGUCUACGAGAGCCACCAUACGGAUGUAUAACGCAAGCAACGCAUGCGGCUGGGGUGCGUGCUCGCCAUGGCGACCUGUCUGUGUUGUUCCUUUUUCGUUUUGUUUUUUGCCAGUUGUCCCUGACUGGAUUACCCUUUGAAUGCGUGAAAAUCGUAUGUUGCUAUCGUUCCUUCUGUAGUCGUCCCGGCGUGCUAGAAAAUGUUUUCGCGCGCUGGGUAAAGGAGACCUGACGUGCUAAUAGGAAAUAUUUUUCGCACGCUGGGUACGGGAGCCCAGGGUUGUGGCGGUGUGGUGUGGUGUGGUGUGGUGACCUCUUGCUUGGGUUUCCGUUGGGGUGGGUGACACCGAAGGUAGUCCUUCUGCGGUAAGUU